UGCACCUUGCUGUUUUACGAGACUUACGGGAAGAAUUCCAUGGAGCAGAACAGCUCACCUCGAUAUGCUCUGUUUGCAGAAGACAGUAUAGUGCAGUCUUGCCCAGAACACCCCAAGAAGGAGAAUGUUUUCUGUCUAAGCAAUUCUUUUGGAGAUGUCUACCUGUUCCAGGCUACAAGCCAGACCGACCUCGAAAACUGGGUUACAGCAAUACACUCUGCUUCUGCUUCUCUCUUUGCUAAGAAACUUGGGAAAGAGGAUACAGUUAGACUUCUGAAAAAUCAGACCAAGAGCCUCAUCCAGAAGAUUGACAUGGAUAGUAAGAUGAAAAAGAUGGCGGAGCUACAACUCUCUAUUGUUAGUGAUCCAAAGAACAGGAAAGCCAUUGAGAACCAGAUCCAGCAAUGGGAGCAGAAUCUGGAGAAAUUUAAUAUGGAUCUCUUCCGGAUGCGCUGUUACGUAGCCAGCCUGCAAGGUGGAGAGUUACCCAAUCCAAAGAGCCUUCUGGCUGCUGCAGGUCGCCCUUCAAAAAUGGCCCUAGGAAGGCUUGGCAUCUUCUCAGUCUCCUCCUUUCAUGCAUUGGUCUGUUCCAGGGAUGAGGCUGCUCUUAGGAAGCGAACGCUGUCUCUGUCCCAGAGAGUGUGGAGUAAGAAGGGUUUGUUUUCCUCCCUGAAGGGUCUGGACACCCUGGCAAGAAAGGCAAAGGAGAAAAGGCCAUCGAUAACACAGAUUUUUGACUCAGCUGGUGGUCAUGACUUUACUGGAACUCAGCUACCUCAAAAUUCCAGUAAUUCUGCUGAGCAGAAAGUAGAUGAAUUUCUAAACGUGUACUACUCGAUGCCAGAGAAUACCGUAAAAGAAAAUACCUGGGACAUCCAAACAUGUGUUCAUUUUCCUGAUGGUCAAGGCCUAAUGUUAACUCUCAAGCCAGAAGACAGAGUAGAGGAUGUUUUGGCUUUGGCAUGCAAGAUUAAGCAGCUGGAACCAAGACAUUAUGGCUUACGACUUAGAAGGCUUAUUGGUGAAAAUGUUGAACACUAUACUCCUGAAGCGUAUGAAUACAUACAAGACCAGAUAUAUGACGAAAUAGAAAUCAUCCCUUUAAGUGUCUACCAUGUGCAUCUUACUAAAAAUGAAGGUGUAACUGAUUUUGGAUUUGCAGUCACUGCACAAGUUGAUGAACACCAACAUCUAACCCAGAUAUUUGUAAGCGAUGUUCUUCCUGAUGGGAUGGCUUACAAAGAAGGGUUACGUGUGGGCAAUGAAAUCUUGAUUAUAAAUGGAGAAUCUGUAACUGACCUUGACCUUAGACAGAUGGAGUUAUUCUUCUCUGAGAAAAGUGUAACGCUCACUUUGAGUACAAGUCACAACAGCAAUAAAAGUGCAUCAUGUACCUCGUGGACGGAUGGUGAUAUUUCCAAGGAAGCAAGAAACUUGUUGCCCCCUCCAAACCAGUCACAACUCCUGGAGGAAUUUUUGGAUAACUUCAAAAAGAAUACCACAAAUGAUUUCAGCAAUGUACCUGAUGUUGCCACAAAUCUGAAACAGAGCAGUACGGAUAGCAUUCUGGAUCAGGUUCCACAAAAGGAGAGAAUGGAGUUACCUUUCAGG